AACAAAACAACAUCAAAUCGCAUGCUACUGACUGCUUGCCUUGCUCUCGGUAGCACCCGGGUAGCGGAGCGGCCCAUGAUCGCUCCGCUGGUUCAACACUGCUUGUUUUAGGUGCGGGUAACAACCUACCUUACCUGGUCUGCGCGCGGUGCAAAAACAGAACCAAACAAAUCAAACGCGCUCGCAGCUUCAGUUGCUUUUGGAAGUUGGUUCGCAUCGGUCAAGCUGCUCGAUCGUACUUAUUCGUUGCGGAUCCCCGCAUAUUCUGAAAGGUAGCAACCAGCAACCAACCACACGCGUUGUUUUGUUGUGGUUUUAAGUGAUCGCGCGCGUACGGCUUACGCGCUCAGAUAGUCUUUCGCAAGCAUGCCGUUCGGUCAUCGAUCUGUUUGAUCGCUACAUCUCCGGGGCCAGAACAGCUCUACACAGGUUUUCCACGAUAGAUCUGACGUAAUCCACUUGGGUGUGCGGUGAGACACAGGGUAGUAUAGCUUAUCUACGCCUGUAGGCUAACAUCUUCCGAAGUGAAUGUGUUGUUGCGUUUUUUUUUUUUUUUUAUUUCGGAGCCUUUUCGGUUGGCGUGCAGGAGCUUGGGCUUGCGGGUGAGCCGCAAUAGAUAGUGAAAGGUUGCACUUGUGGGAAUCUCCAUGAGACAAGCCGGUUCCAUGUGAGUGUGAAGGUAAUUGAAUCCAGUUUCGUUGAACCGAACUGCCAUGGAUCGAUGAUUGUGCGGCCCGAUACUUUCCGGUUGCAGUUUUACAUUGGGAGCUGCAGUGCAGUGUAGUGUGCAAUUUAGAUCAUUUCGUGCAUCGAGAUCAAGGAGUUCAACCGAAAGAGUGUUCAUUACAGUUUCAAGUGCAAGGUUGAAUCGAUUAAUAGGGAAGUGGAAGUUCUAGUUGUGCAUUGAUAGUAAAAAAAAAUCUACUCGGCGGCAAAACAUGGAGGUGGCGUGGCGAUUUAGGAUCAUUUUCGCGAUGGCAUUUGCGGUGAUCAUAUUUGGCGAUUUGCUCGGCUACGGCGGAGCGAAGAAAGAUCCAAAAGAUAAAUCACUGCUAUCGGGGCUGUCGACCGGUUUUGGCAGCGUGAGCGGUCACAUGGAUGGCACCGCGAGGUCCACUCGGGAGAAUGAAAUCACAUCCGCCGACAGAGAAACACCCCUUGCCCCUCAACCGUACACAAGCGGAAGCAGUAGUAGCAGCAGCAGCAGCAGCAGUAGCGACAUCACCGACAGUGAUAAUGGCCAGGCGGCAGAUCUGGCGAUUCACAAGGAACGGCUGAAGAACUCUCUACGGGAGGCGUGCCUUCCGAAGCUGCUGUGCGAGAUGGCAGCGAAACCGAACUACUCGCUCAACGUGCGCGAACGGGACCUGCUCUCACUGAUACGGUCCACAACGCUAUCACUGACGAUGGCAGUCAGCCCAACCAAGUGGCACUUUGCGGCCCACAUGGGUCAACUGUUGCGAGACGCCGGAGACAGUUUGGUCACACCGAUGGGCUGCUCGCACCUUUGGCCCAGCUGUCCGUACAGUUCGAAAAAGUUGCUCAAACUCACCAAUGUGGUCCAGCUGAAAUGAUGCCGGGAGGCCACUUCCGGAUGACGAUGACGGCGGCGGAAGUCCGAAGAAGAGCCCGUUUCAGAAUGAGGUUUCUCCUCUACCAGAGCAAUUUGAAGGGGCCAUCACAUAGCACCAGCCAUCGCGUAACCAUCACCAUCCAGUUUGAAGCCAUACAUCACCGGACGAUGCCACCCUAAUUCAAAGUGCAAAUAUUGCAAACCCCACUGGGCAAAGCAGAGAGAGAUUUGCCCGCUCAUUAGCCACCAAUGAAUUCAUAUCCUGGCUUCAUUGUUUGCCUUCUUAUGGAGCGAGACCACGUUGAAGGAUUAGUAUGAUUGUGGGUAUGAUUGUGCGUUCCUGUGCAUAUGGAAAUGCCGGGGGCUGUGUGAGUGUGUGAUUGAGUGACUUUUCACCCAUGGAUUAAUACGCGGAUCAUUACCAGCGUAUGCUAAUGUGAUUUUAUACUCUAACUGCUGUAUAUAUGUAGGUAGAAUUAAUAAUGAGACAGUAAUUGCACUGUUAUGAGUGAAAUAAAUAAAAAAAGGAAGCAAUGUGAAUUUUAAAAAGGAUUGUAAAUAAACACAAAUUAAA